GGCUGGUUGAAUGUUUACAUCUAGCUAGCAGAAGUCUAGCGGUGCCCAAUCUAAGCGCUUCCAAACAAAAGCCUAAAGACAAGCAAACUAAAAGCGGGAGUCGGCAUUUUAUCAAGAAACAAUUGACUCAGCAUUUGUAGGAAAAGUAAAGAACAGGGGCCCUUGAGUGGUGCAGUGGGCCCGUAGUUAACUGUCAUGGUGAGGCCAGGGUUUGAAUCCUGUUUGCUGAUUGGCCCAGCACUCCAAUGGAAGUGGGUGCAGUCAGCCUGAACCAUCUAGGUUUGGGGUGUUAGUAGCUGAAUUUGGUUGCCUGAACAUGAAUGUUUUCCAAAAUAAAUAUUCAGGAAGGAGGUCCCCUUCCCCUGUCUCUCUCCAGUCAGAAUGGGAGGAGCCGUGAGCGCUGGGGAGGACAACGACGAGCUGAUUGACAACCUGAAGGAAGCGCACUACAUCCGCUCCGAGCUGGUGGAGCGCGCCUUCAGGGCCAUCGACCGGGCGGACUACUACCUGGAUGAGUACCGCGACAACGCCUACAAGGACCUGGCGUGGCGCCACGGCAACAUCCACCUCUCAGCCCCCUGCAUCUACUCCGAGGUGAUGGAGGCCCUGGACCUCCGGCCUGGCCUGUCCUUCCUCAACCUGGGCAGUGGCACGGGGUACCUCAGCACCAUGGUGGGACUCACCCUGGGUCCGUUUGGCGUCAACCACGGUGUGGAGCUCCACCCUGAUGUGAUCCAGUACGCCUACCGGAAGCUUGACUGCUUCAUCAAAACCAGCGACAGCUUCGACAAGUUUGAGUUCUGCGAGCCGUCCUUUGUGGUGGGGAACUGCCUGGAGAUCCCGCCUGAGUGCCGGCAGUACGACCGGGUGUACUGCGGUGCGGGGGUGCAGCGAGACCACGAGGAGUACAUGAAGAACCUCCUGAAGGUGGGGGGGAUUCUGGUACUGCCCCUGGAGGAGAAGCUGACCAAGAUCACUCGUACAGGCCAGAGCAGCUGGGAGACCAAAAAGAUCAUUGCCGUUUCCUUUGCUCCUUUGGUGCUCCCCAAACACAACACCAACGGCAAACCCAGAACUGUCCCACUACCCAUAUUUGAGGUGCGUACGUUGCAGGAGCUGGCGCGCAUCUCUAUCCGCCACGCCCUGAGAGUGCCCACCGACAGCGGGGAAGGCCAGCCGCGGCCCCGGGGUUCCUUUGGAGGGGGCAGGGGCCUGGGUGUCGGCGGCCUCCACAAAUACGGCCCACGUUUCAAGCGCCGCCGUGUCCACCGGCGCCACUGCAACUCUGUGGUGCUGGCUAACAAGCACGUGCUGAGGAGCAGCGGCAUCGCCUACCCCCUCACCCCGGACAGCAAUAACAACAGUGGGGAGGAGGAGCAGGGGCGGGCCCACCGGGGGGCGGGAGAGGACGAGGCUGCGGCGGAGGAGGAAGAGGACGAGGAGGAGGAAGCGGAGAGGGAGACCGGGGAGCUGCUCCGGGUAGAACCUCCUGUGAACGUCCUGAGGGAGAGGGUUCUGUGUCUGCCUCUUCCGGAGCCGCUGAAGAUGUAUCUGCUGUACUACCGGGAAAAAUGACUUCUACGCCACUGGAGCACACGUCCCUGAGGAACCUGCCCGGGCUUGGGCUUAUACCAACCCACCCUUUAGGCAGGGCAACAAGUUCCCUGUUAAUGACUGGGUCUCUCCCUCUAUUGCGCUCUUUUUCUCUCCUUUCAUGCUGUUCCUCUCCCGUUUUUCUCGUUUUCCAUCUCUUGCUUUCAAACUUUCUUUCUCCCCCUCCUUAUUUAAUUAUUUUCCUGUCACUAAAAGCAGGAAGAUGCAAAGGUAUUUGACCAAUAUGGAGAGGAGUUCAUCAUGGGCACCGAAGCUUUUCUCAAGGGCACCAAUGUUUAUUUUUUUUAACGGCCAAAAGGAUCAAUUAGGAUUUCUGUUGCGGAAUUUUGGGAGGGAGAAUUUGUGAUUUUUAAUUUCACUACCUCCCUGACCAUUUGUACACAUGCCUGCCCUAGCCCGGUGUCUGUUAUACUGCUGUAUAAUUUGGCUAAACUUGUGACAUUAUCUGUAGUCAUAGGCCUCAAAGCACUUUGGUCCAGAUCUUCUCCGUGAGAGACUGAAGAAAGCCUCUGAGAUCACUUGAGAGCCUAGUCCUUCACAAGUGGGGG